CGUCCACAAACUCCUCUGUGCAUCGUUCUCCAGCUUCGACAUGUCGGCUCGCCCAUCCGAGACUCACUUCCGAGGCAUCUUCUUUCCCCAGGAUCGACCCAAGCCACAGGCCGUUUGGCUCGACUGUCCAUGGCAUGAUGACGAGGAUGACGGUAUCAAAUGGCAGGAUCCAGAUAUGGAGCUGUUCCUUGGCCCUGAUUCUUGGCCCGAGAGCGUUCCAAUACAGACGGACGCUGUCCUGCAAAGAAUCCUUCCAGAUACCAUCAACAUUUGCUAUCGCGACGGCUUCCUGGUUGAUGGUUCAAUGCCAAACAGAAGCGCUGCAGCUGUUCUUACGACGUUGCCAGGCCAGUCUCAUGAUUGGCGGGGUCCCAUCAUCGUUGUCGGAAAGAAAGGGCAGGGCAUCGACCCUCUCCAAUGUCGAGACCUCGAUAUGAACGACUUCCGGUAUAUUGCUGACUACCUGAUCUCAUAUGGUCGCUGGUCGCUGGAUAUUCCUGACUCGGGAAUGAGCUCUACUGAGAAGGUUGUUAAGGGGAUCAGAAUCAACUGCCUCGGUGAUCGCCAGGUCCUCGGCAAACCACACUUUGAGCCGGUAGAUGUCCCCUCCACAGACUCCGUCUUCAAUGACUUCUGGCAUGACACCUCCGACAUUGCAGACCGCAUUGGUCUUCCUCUUCUAACACGCCGUUGUCCCGUCAGUCUACGAUGGGCAAGAGAGAAGAGGUUGCCUGAUUUCGGCAACCAGAGCCCGUGCAACAACCAAGAUGCCACAUUCCUGCACUUGUGCUGCGAUUCCAAGGCGGACAGCUACCCAUCAGGUCCUGGUUGGUCCUGGGCAGGCUGGCAGUGGCAAAACAACGUAGGGAGUGUCAUUGUCGUGCGCCGUGAUAAGAAGCCGUUGGCGCCGAUGCAUGUCGAAGCCCUCUGCACGUACUGUCGCCACGAUGUCCGGCCGCUCAUGGGUCACACAAUGGGGGAAUAUGAUCCAGAUGAGCCCUUGACCAGAGACCUUGUGCUGAAAAUGAUCUGCCGACCGACAUUUUCGAUCUGUUGGUACAAGCUUCGGGACAGGAAGCAAACGGAGGGGGAUGAUGUUUCUGCACCGUUCCCUUACUCUGUCUGAUUUAUCGGCGGCUAGUCACAUGAGCUAUCGGCGCCUAAAACCAUUGACAGGUCGUCCAAGUUGGUGAUUUUUGCUGUCUUUGAUACAUGACUUUGAAAAAGAGGAAAUAUGACCAAGUCCGAACUGUAUUGCCGUUGCCGCAUUGAAACGUGACGAUGCCCUGCCAAUGAGCCUCCCAAUUCCGCUGCGGCAAUGAGGAAUAUCACAUCGAGCGUAGAGUAUUUUGAGACUGCCGUGAACGCAUCUGAGCUGGUAGAGGGAUAUGUGAUUGCUGCACGAGCGAGACUCGUGGUCCGUUCCUCCUUGGACACUUUCGAUACGUACUUUCUAGACCGCUAAGAAGCAGUCUCACCAAACCCUCGGUGCACCAGGGAAUAGACAUGGCACCGUCAAGAACGGCAAUUUUAAGUUGAU